AUGCAGGGAGGCAACCUCGACAUUAUCUCUGCCACCGAAGCGCUGAGUGCUUGGGAAGUGGACGACGCAGUUAUCGUGCUUUUCACCGGCAGCGACCAGAACAAUAUCGAUGCGGCUGGCCGGGACUACAUGCGCAAAGAGUGGACGAUCGGGGUGGCAGAGAGUUGGGAUACCUACGAAACACAGAUUGACUACAUGCGACAAAUAGGCCGACAGGCAUUCCAAAUUUCUGUAACUUCACCAUAUCAGCUCUAUGCGCGCGCCCUGCACGUGGGACAGUGCGGCAUCGCCUUCUACUUCGACGGUUCUAAAGAGGGCUGGCCGCAUUUUGAGCUGCAACAUCGAUUGAUGGAAUCUUCCAUGGCAACAAUCUUCCGGGAAAACAUGUAUGGGUUCAAUUUACAAGGCGCAGAUAUGAGCCGGAUCGCGAGGCCGUUAACUUUUCCGCUAGAUGAUGAAUGGAUUUCAGAGUUCCGGGACUCUUGCACGACACCGAUUGCA